AUGGGUUGCCAAGAAGAGCUUUUGGUUGAGAAAAUCUGUGAUCUCUAUGAGAAAAUCUCAAGUCUUGAGAAUCUCAAACCCUCCAAAGAUGUCGACAUGCUCUUCACCCAACUUGUUCUCACGUGCAUACCACCAAUCUCCAUUGAUGUAACCAAACUGAACAAUAAAGUUCAAGAGAUCAGGUCCAAACUCAUCAGACUCUGUGGUGAAGCUGAGGGUUUUCUAGAGAGCCAUUUCUCUACCCUCUUGGGUUCAUUUGAAAACCCUCUUCACAAUCUCAACAUCUUCCCAUACUAUUCCAAUUACCGUAAACUCAGCCAUCUUGAAUUCACCAUUUUGAGCCAACACUGUACCCAAGUCCCUACUCGUGUAGCCUUUGUUGGCUCAGGUCCCCUCCCUCUCACCUCAAUUGUACUGGCCUCUUAUCACCUCACCACCGCCUCCUUUCACAACUAUGAUAUCGACCCCUCUGCUAAUUCAAUGGCUAAUCGCUUAGUUGAAUCCGAUCCUGACUUAUCUAAGCGAAUGUUCUUCCAUACGACCAAUAUAUUUGAUGUUUCGAGUGCCUUGAAAGACUAUGACGUCGUUUUCUUGGCAGCGCUAGUGGGAAUGGACGCGGAGGAGAAGGUUCGAGUAAUCGAUCAUUUGGCUAAGUACAUGGCUCCAGGAGCUCUGUUGAUGCUGAGGAGUGCUCAUGGUGCUCGGGCUUUUCUUUACCCUGUGGUUGAUCCUUGUCAUGUGCGAGGCUUCGAGGUUCUUUCGAUCUUUCAUCCUACCGAUGAGGUUAUCAAUUCUGUUGUGAUUGCGCGUAAAGUUUCGAAGCCUGUUCACGCACUUGAUCAUGGGAUUGGGUCCAGAAUAUUUCCUUGUAAAUGUUCUGAGACCCGAGCCUUCAAUCCCCUCAACCAGCUGAACAUGAUUGAGGAAUUGGCUGUUGAGGAGCAUCUCAUGAAGUGAUACAACGGCCUCCCCCUCUCUCAUUCAGUUCUACAACCCCCCCAACCGAAAAAAAAAAAACCCAAAAAAAUGAUCCCAGACAAAAGAAGAAACUAUCUAUCUGUGAUGCUGAUGCCCCACAUGGAAAUUGGAACCUUAAUAUAAUUUUAUGCAUGUAUAACUCUUCA